GGCGGCAGUGUCCGCCCCAGUGCGCCUGCGCGGGUGCGGAGGGCUGGCAGGGCCGGCUGCGGAGCGGCGGCAGUGUCCGCCCCAGUGCGCCUGCGCGGGCGCGGAGUGCUGGCAGGGCCGGCUGCGGAGCGGCGCCAAGCACGUGAGCGGAGCAACGUCAUCAUAAACACUCGUAGCAACAUGGCGGCGCCGCCGAGUGGCAAGGUUAUAUAUGAGCAAGAAGGUGUCUUCAUUCAUUCAUCCUGUGGAAAAAAUGAUGACCAGGACAACUUAAUAGCAGGAACACUACGUGUCAUAGAAAAGGAAAAUGAAGUAAUAGUAGACUGGAGACCACUGGAUGAUACUUUGGAUACUUCUAAUAUCCUCUGCGCUGGAAAGGAUUCCAGUUCUGUUGUGGAGUGGACUCAAACUCCUAAAGACAAAUGUUCCCGAGGAGCAGACCGUCCAAGUAGUUAUGAAGCAGAAUGGGACAUGGUCACCACAGUCUCUUUUAAAAAGAAACCUCAUUCAAAUGGAGAUACUGCAACUCAUGCAAAUGGAGAAAGCAAGUGGUCAUUCCUGUUCAGUUUGACAGAUCUGCAGUCAAUCAAACAAAACAAAGAAGGCAUGGGAUGGUCUUACCUGGUGUUUUGUCUGAAAGAUGAUGUGAAGCUUCCAGCUCUUCACUUUCAUCAUGGAGACAGCAAACUAUUGAUUAAAUGCCUUGAAAAGCAUGUUGCACUGAAUGAAUCUUCACAGGAUAAACGGAUCCUUCUUGUGAACUCUCAGAACAAGUCUCUGUCUCAGUCUUUUGAAAAUCUCUUUGAUGAACCAUCCUAUGGCUUGUUACAAAAAUUGAAGAAGGAUCCAUACACAGUAACAAUGGGAAGAUUCUCUAAAGUCACCAACUACAUCUUUGACAGCUUCCGUUCGAGCGACCCUUCACAUCAGCGGCGCCCGCCCUCGGAGAUGGCAGACUUCCUCAACGAUGCCAUCCCAGGGCUGAAGAUCAAUCAGCAGGAAGAGCCUGGAUUUGAAGUCAUCACACGGAUCGAUCUGGGGAGACAGCCUGAAGUUAGCAGAAGAGAGCCUGUGUCAGCUGAAGAAUGGGCUAAGAAUAUGGAUUCUGAAGGAAGAAUUCUAGACGUGGACUAUAUAAAGCGCUCAAUAUUCAAAGGGGGUCUCUGCCAUACUUUGAGAAAAGAGGCAUGGAAGUUUCUUUUGGGAUAUUUUCCUUGGAACAGCACUAAAGAAGAGAGAGCAAACCUGCAGAAAAGGAAAACGGAUGAAUAUUUCAGGAUGAAGCUGCAGUGGAAGUCUGUCAGUGAGGAACAGGAGAAGCGAAAUUCAAGACUAAGAGAUUAUCGGAGCCUUAUAGAAAAAGACGUCAACAGGACAGAUCGGACAAACAAAUUCUAUGAGGGUGAAGAUAAUCCAGGACUGAUUUUACUUCAUGAUAUUUUGAUGACCUAUUGCAUGUAUGACUUUGACUUGGGUUAUGUCCAGGGGAUGAGCGAUUUGCUGUCGCCGGUCCUGUACGUCAUGGAGAACGAAGUCGAUGCCUUCUGGUGCUUUGUAUCAUACAUGGAUCAAAUGCACCAGAAUUUUGAAGAACAGAUGCAAGGCAUGAAGACACAACUAAUUCAGCUGAGCACUCUGCUUCGUUUACUAGACAGUGGAUUCUGCAGUUACUUAGAAUCUCAAGACUCAGGCUACCUUUAUUUUUGCUUCCGAUGGCUUCUUAUCAGAUUUAAAAGGGAGUUCAGCUUCCAGGACAUCCUUCGACUCUGGGAGGUCAUGUGGACGGAAUUGCCUUGCCAGAAUUUUCAUCUUCUCCUUUGUUGUGCCAUCCUAGAAUCUGAAAAGCAGCAAAUAAUGGACAAGCACUAUGGCUUUAAUGAAAUAUUAAAGCAUAUUAAUGAGCUGUCAAUGAAAAUCGAUGUGGAAUAUAUACUCUGCAAGGCAGAAGCAAUUUCCAUGCAGAUGAUGAAUUGCAAGGAAUUGCCUCAAGCAGUCAGUGAGAUCCUGGGGAUAGAAAGCAGUUCUGUAACACCGGAUUCAGACCCUGGAGAGGAUGAAAGCGGAGCUGUGUUGAGUUGUCCUUCAUCCUUAUACCAGAGUAUCUCCACCCCUGCAAUUGCUGCCAAUGGAACAAGAGACACCACUCAGCAGCUGUCUGAGGCACACAGCUUGACUCCUGCAUAACUACAGUUGGGCAGAGUGAAGAAGGACUUUUCCUGAGCACGUUUUUUUUCCCAAGCACUUGAGAGAUGGAUAUUUAAAUUUGGUGUUGAUUAAGCUUUAAGGUUGGAAAGAAAAUCUGUACUGUAAUGCUCUUGCAUUAAAGCUUUACAACAUGACUCAACUUUAACUAUUUUUGUAGUUUCUUCUACCAAAACAGCCUUUUUGGUUUCAAUAACAUUCCUUAAUAUUUUUGUAGCCAAGUGCAUUUCCCUUUUGUUGCAGAAGAACUGGAACUGGAUGGUGAUUGAGGAUGGAUUUGGAAGCCAUGGCUCCUCGCUGAGCUUUUGCACCUCGCGACCUGAGGCGGUGUGAGCUCUGCGAGCACACUCGCACACCAGGGCUGCUGGAGCUGCUGCAGGCAGCUCUCAAGCCCAGGAGAAGCUGGUGUGUUAGAGGAGGAUUGUUUUGUAGAUGAAUGGGGGUUCUCCCCCCCUCAAAAUGUUUACAAAAAUACUUCUGAGUAUUUCUUGCUGGCUGAAUGUAGAUUUGAAAUGGACAUUUCUGCUCGAGACAGUUCAGUGUCCACGUACUGAACUCUCUGUAAGUGGGAGUGGACAAGCAGUCUAUUUUUUACAUGAACAUAUCUUCACUUUCUAUCUGCAUAGAUAUUUACACACCCCCAUGCUAGAGACACAAAUGUGUGUGAAUACUGAAAAGGAAAGUUGUAUUUUCACCAGCUGAGUGAACUUGGCUCUUUGUUCAGAUCAGUUUGACCAAACUCAUUCACAGCUCCAACCUGGGCUCUUCUGUCCAGAACUUUUCUAACUGAAAGUAACUUUCACAUCAGGCCUACACCUGAGGUCAUUUUGCAACUGAUUUCUUGCAGACUUUACUAAUGUUUUAUCUUUGCUAAUGUAUUGACUGAUCAGUUAACUACUUUAACACUGUUUUUAUGCCAAGAUGAUUUGGAGAAUGAUUAAGCAGGUUAUAAAACCCCAACCAAACCACAACCCAAACCAGUAAUCACAGUUAACAUGAAAUGCCUUUUUGUUUUGUAUAUGCAGAAGGCAGUGUGAGUUUAUUCCAUGCCAUGCUGAUGUCCUUGGACACGAUGUGAAGUUUAACAUAACUGAAUCAGUGUAUCCAUAAUUUGGUAACUAUUGUACAUAGAGAAAAUAAAAAUGGAAGCUGAUGUAGUGUUUUUAAUUAAAUCAUAUUUAGAGAAAAAAAA